CUUGCGGCUUACGCAGCGUUGGGCGUUUUAAAGGUGUUGGACUUCAUAGCUUGUUUUUUCCUAUUUCUUUACAAUCCCUAGUUAGUUUCUCCACGAAACUUUCCUUUUUUCUUUUCCCCAACCUUUCGAUAAAUUUUGAUGGCGAAUUUCUCUUGCAAUUCAUCAUCCAACCGUUCCUCGAUUCUCGUUUCAAUUCAAUUAGAUUCUGUUCAUCUUUUUUUCCCUAUAUUUCUUCGUUCUCAGAUUUUUACGCGGCUUUGUACUUCUAAUUGACGUCGAUUGAAGGGAGGAGCCACCGUGAUCUGUACAAAUGGGAAGACGUAAAACUCAGCGUAAAAAUUCUCUAGCGGUGGACAGUGACGAUGAUAGUAGUGUGAGUUCUUCAUCGACUAUGCGGUCCGAUCGAAUGUCUGUUGUAGGGGUUGAGGAUUUUCAAUUUGACAAAGAUACUUUACUUGAUCAAGCUCUUGAUGAUUUAUAUGAAAAGAGGGGUUCCACAAGAGAGAAAGCCCUGGCAUCGAUUAUAGAAAAUCUCAGCAACAAUUUGCAACAUCAGUUUGUGGAAAAGAAAUUUGCUACUCUGCUUCAUCAGUGUCUGAAUUCUAUCAAAAAGGGUUCCAGCAAGGAAAUUUCCUUGGCCUCUCGUGCAAUUGGAUUAUUGGCUUUAACUGUCGGUGAGGGUGACAAUGCGCGAGAAAUAUUGACAGAAUCGAUUCCCACCAUUUCUCAGACUCUUAGAUCUGGCUCAGAAUCUUCAAAGAUAUCGCUGGUUGAAUGCUUGGCAGUUAUCACUUUUGUUGGUGGAAAUGACAUGGAGGAAAUUGAACGGUCAUUGCAGCUCAUGUGGCAAGUUGUCAUUCCCAAACUAGGACCAAAUGUAGUUGCAGUCAGGCAAUCAGCAACUAUCAUUGGUGCCAUGGUGUCUGCAUGGUCCUUUGUCCUUACAACUAUGAACGGGUUGAAACUUAAUUCCAAAGAUUGGCAAGAAUCAAUAUCAUAUUUAUCAAGUCUACUGGACAAGGAUGACCGUGCUGUACGCAUUGCUGCUGGUGAAGCAUUGGCAUUGAUUUUUGAGAGAGGCGUUUUGGAGAAGUUUUCUGCUGAAGCUAAAGGAUCAAUUGAUGGCUCCACCCUAGAGGGAAGCAAACCGCGGGAAUGGUUUAUGCAUAUUCAGGGAUUGAAGGGGAAAAUCUUGAAUCAAGUAAAAAGCCUCUCGAUGGAAGCUGGUGGUAAGGGAUCCGCUAAGAAAGAUCUCAACUCCCAGCGGAAUACAUUUAAAGAUAUUUUGGAGUUUCUUGAGGAUGGUUAUUGCCCUGAAACUUCAACUAAGAUUGGAGGAGAUCUGUUGCAGACUUCAACAUGGACACAACUGAUUCAGUUGAACUUCUUAAAGCACUUUCUUGGAGGAGGGUUUGUUAAGCACAUGCAGGAGAAUGAAUUCCUUCAUGAUGUCUUUGGGUUCACUCCGAAGAAAAAACUUCUCUUAGACAGCGAACAUCGAAUAUCAUCUACGGAAAAGGUUAGCUUCAAGUCGCCAAAUUCAUUUGCCAAUAAGGCAAGGACUCAGCUGUUGAACAAGAACCGAAUGUUAGCUGAGGGCAGAAACAUUGGACACUAUGCUGUAAACGUGGGCGACUGAGUCGGUAGAAUUUAUUUAUUGUGACCUGAAUGAAUUAAAUAUUGAGGAGGUGCUGUUAAAAGGCCUGGUGACAGCCUCCACUUUUCUGUUGGACUAUUAUAUUUCAGAGAUUGUAAAAUGGUAGGAACCAUAAUUACUUACUCGCAGUUCAUGAUUCGGGCUGUUAAUUGCAAAUUAUGCUGCCAGCCCUCUUCAUAAGUGCUGACAGUUUACUUAGCACUUAACACUUAAUUUACUAUUUUUAGACGAUGGGUUAUUUCAUAAAUUUUGGGGCCUGUUAUUUCAGUUCAAAGGGUAUUGCCGUGUAAAGGGAGCCCUCUAUGGCUAACGGACAUGUUUCGAUUCAA